AUGAGCAGACAAGUCUGUAAGACACCUGGCGGUGGGAGCCAGGGCUUCUCUAGCUGGUCAGCUGUGGCAUUCGGCAGCGCCAUAAAGAACUAUGUAGCGCGCUCUGGGGCAGCCAGUGUAAGGGCUUAUGGGAUCCGGAGUGGAGUACCUGUCUUUGGCAGUAGAACCUUCUACAGCCUGGGUCGCAGUAGUCCCAUCUCUACCAGUGUGGCAGCUGGUGGCUCCAAGAUUGGUAGAUUUGGUGCACUUCUGGGAAGCUACAGCACUGGCUCUGGGGAUGGCUUUGGUGGUGGCAGAGGAACUGCAGGCGGCAUUGGGAGAACUGGUGGCUUUGGAUUGGCUGGUGUCUUCAAUAGGCCUAUAACCUUUGGCUCUGGGGCAAUCCAGGAAGUGACCGUUAGCAAGAGCCUCCUGCAGCCCAUCAGUGAGGAGACUGAUACCCAGACUGUGGAAAGGAAGGUCAAAGGGUAUGAACUGGUCAAGACUCUCAAUGACAAGCUCGCCUCCUUCCUUGACAAGGCUUGCUUUGUGGAGUGUCAGAACAAGACCCUGGAGUCCAUAUGGGCGCUGCUCCAGCAGCAGGAUCCCAGUUCCAUCACCAGCAUCAACAGCCUUGACUCUCGUUUUGAGAGCUUCAUCAGUUCUCUGCAAGCUGAAUUGGAUGACAUCACUUUGGAGAGAGGCCGCCUGGAUUCAGAGCUGAGAAAUGUGCAGGGCACAGUGGCAGACUACAAAAAGAAAUACGGGGAUGAAAUCAACAAACGAAUAGCUGCUGAGAAUUACUCUGUGAUGCUGAAGAAGAAUGUGGACUCUACCCACCUGGUCAAGAUGAAGCUUCAGGCCAAUGUGGAUACUCUGAUAAAAGAAACCAACUUUCUGAGGGACCUCUUUGAGGCGGAAAUGUCCCAGUUACAGAACCAUGUCAAUGACCUCUCCAUGGGCAAUAAUCAUAGCCUAAACUUGCAAAGCAUCAUUUCUGGGACCCACACACAGUUUGAAGAGAUAGCCCAGAGGAACAAGUUAGUGGCUGAGUUGCUGUACAAGACCAAGUUGGGGGAGCUCCAGACCAUGGCUGGCAGGCAUGAAGAUGACCUGAGGAGCAGCGUCAAAGAGCAGAUAGCAGAGAUCAACAGGAUUAUCCAAACUUUGCAGGCAGAGGUGGAGAAUGCCAAGAAGCAGAGGGAAAAGCUGGAGAGGGCCAUCAUGAAAACUGAGCAGCGCGGUGAGACAGCCAUCGGGUAUGCCAAUACCAAACUUCAAGACUCAGAGGCUGCCCUGAAGAAGGGCAAAGAUGACUUGGAUGGUCUGCUGAGAGACUACCAGCAACUGUCAGAAAUCACGAUGACCUUGGAUAUGGAGAUCUCUGCCUACCACCAGCUGCUGGAGGGUGCUGAGUACAGGAUGUCUGGAGGGUACCAGAGUGCCGUCAGUAUCUCUGUAGUCAACAACAGCAGCAGUAGCGCCUUGGCCCUGUCAAGUGGUUACAGAAGUGGCUUUGGUGUUGGACAUGGCACAGGAAGUGACGUUCGCCUGGCAAGCAGCAGUGGCAGCAGAUUUGGCAGUGGGUUUGGUGGCAGUAGUUUUAGUGGUGGAAGCAGCUUUGGCCGUGGUUCCAGGGGUAGUCAUGGAGUCCGUGGUGGAGGUGUCAUCUCAGGCAGCAAUGGGGGUGGCAGUGUCAAUCUCUCUCAGUCUUCCAGGGACAACUCCAAAUAAAGAGUUUGCCAGCACCCCGGCCACCCCAGAGCACCUCUCUUCCUCACCUGCCCCCCCACUAAUCAGUGUCACCCCCAGCAGUCUGCUCUUUUCCGAAGAGGACAGUUUCUUGGGGCUGGAAGGCUGGAAGCCUUGGCUCUUCUAUCAGAUUCCUGGUGGAGCUCUACAUGAAGAUUUCAAGCCUCCUUCUCCCGGUGCCAAUCUGUGCCUGUAAUUGCUUUGGUGUGACCUCAGCUGCCAUCUUCUACUUCCCUUGGUGGAAGUGAUGGAAAUAUACACAGUCACCGACCUAUCUGUUUGCAUGUCAAUAAACAGCAUUGUGUCUUA